AUGCGGAUGCAGGACCUCCAGGGAUCGUCAACAUCUAUCUAUGUGGGCAUGAUGACCCAUGACUACGAGAUCACUUCGACCUGUGAUUUGGAGAGUAUUCCCACUUACAGCGCCACGAGCGUGGCAGUGAGCAUUGUAUCGAAUUGCAUCUCGUACUUUUCCGACUGGCAUGGUCCGAGUGUAAGUGGAACCUAA